AAUGGCAAGCACGGGAAUGCAAGCAUCAAAACAACAUUCAUUAACAACAUCCAUGGCAUCAGAUGAAGAUCUUCAAGUUUACUGCCAGCCUUGUGACGAGGAAGGAACUAGACUCCCUGCCCAUGGUUACUGUACUCUCUGCAAGGAACACCUCUGCAAGACAUGCUUUACAGCCCACAAAAUAAAUAGGCUUUCCAAACAGCAUACGCUUCUCGAUGCAACAAGUAUGCCUAAAGUUUUGCAGCAACCCUCAACAUCCAACCUUACCGGCAUAACCACAGGCCUGACUACAACCUGUCUUACACACCCAAAAGAAAUGAUCAAGUUCUAUUGCAAUAAUCAUACAGAAUUACUUUGCAGUGUUUGUCUUACCCUUGAACAUCAAGGUACAUCCUGCAAAGUAGAUUAUAUACCUGAUAUUUCUUGUGAUAUAGUAGACAGCAAAGAAUAUCAACUUAUCUUGAAAGCAGUAAAUACUACUUCUGACCAAAUUCAACAGAUGGUACAAGAUGUCAAAGGGAAGACAAAUCAAUCCAACAGCUCCCUAAAAGAUGCAUUAGCAGAAAUUAAAAAGUUCCGGCAAGAUAUUGACAAAAGAUUAGAUGAAUUGGAGAGACAAGUUGAAAAUGCAGCCAAAGUCAUAGAACAAGAAAACAACAAGCAUCUGAAGGAAGUAGAAACAACAUGUGAAGAUCAGACCAUAUCUCUUACAACAUCAUCAGAUAAAAUCAACCAAUUCAACACAUCAAAACAAGCUGAUAAACUGUUCAAGGAACUCAAACUUGCAGAGAAAACAUUGAAAAUUGUGGAGGAAAAAACGCAACAACUUUCAUCAUAUGACAUCAAACAGUAUAACUUUAAACCAAAUGAGGAAAUAGUAACCCAGCUCAAAUCGUCUUUGGGUACAUUGUCACAGACAACUUUAGAUAAAGAAUGUCAAUCUGUACAAAUAAAGUCCAGGCAAUCUGCACAUCAAGGAGACAUCUGUGUGAAGACAUCAGAAGAUAAAGAAACAAUGUGCGGAAUAUCAGGAAUAACUUCCCUUAGUUCUGACACUCUAGUCAUCGCUGAUUACCAUAACAUGGCUGUAAAGAUGGUGGAUACAAGUAGCCAAUCUGUGUCUGAUCAACUACAACUAGAUGGUAAACCAUGGGAUAUCACUAGAUUAACUUUUACUGAACUUGCUGUCACACUUCCUUUCAUACAGACCAUACAGUUUAUAUCAAUCUCAUCAAACAAACUCAAAAAGAGGCAUGCAGUAAAGGUUGGUGGGGACUGUCAUGGCAUAAGCUGUUACCAAGGUAAACUUGUUGUGUCAUUUGUUAAUCCUGCAAAACUUCAGAUCCUUGAUAUGAAUGGGUAUUUAUUGACAACAAUUGAUGGAAAAAAUAUUUUCAAAAAUCCAUAUUAUGUUACGAGCAACAGCAAUGCUAUAUAUGUAUCUGAUGUUAACAUGAACAUACUGACAAAAAUAAACUGGCACUGUAAAGUGAUUGGUAGUUAUAGUCGUACAGGAAAACCUAGGGGAAUGGCACUGUCAGAGGAUGGCACUGUCUUUGUGUGUGAUAAGGAGAGAAAUGUUAUUGAAGAGAUAUUGGAAGACUGCUCUACAGGAAAGGUGGUAUUGAAGACUGCAAAGAGUCCCUAUGCUGUAUGUUGGUGUGGAGAAACACAGAAGCUGUACUACAGCUGUUAUGCUGAAGAUGAAAAAGUUAACAACUUCCUUCACAUCUACAAACUGUCAUAGACUUUGAUUUUACAACAAUGCAUGUUUCUAUAGAAAAGGCUGAAAUCAUUCUCCUGUUGUAUAUUUAGACUAUAGGCUAUAUAAAGACAAUAUGUAUUCAUUCUUCUGAUAGUAACUAAAAGUGAAUACAAUAUUGCCCUCUUGCUGUUAUUAACUUGCAAGAUAUUUCAUGAAUGAAUAAAUCAGUCCUUUUUAAAAGAUAUUUUUGGAACCGGGAUUCCUUAAAUUUGAAUGGCACUCUACUUUUUAAUUUGGAGAAACAUAUGUGAAUAAAAUUUGCAUGAAUAAUUUUUGCAAACAAUUAUGAACCAAAUCAAGAUAUUGAUAUACAUGAAGUUUGUUUUUGUGAUAAAACUGAAUGAUGUACAUGUGCAUUUUUAUCAACUGAAUAAAUGACUAUAAUCUGUG